GUUUACAGUCUGCUCCCAGGGCUAAAUUCCGUCCGAAAGCUUGGGCAGGAAGGAUACAGUCAGACAAAGGGGCAGAUCCACUGGACAAGGAGAACAUGAAACCCUCUACGGCAACCAAUCCGGAGAAUGGUCUCUCCCAGAUCCUGAGGCUUGUGCUGCGAGAGCUGAAUCUGUUCUACAGCCGAGAUGUGAACGGAGUGUGUCUCCUAUAUGAUCUUCUCCAUUCCCCAUGGCUGCAGGCUCUGCUAAAGAUUUAUGAUUGUCUCCAGGAAUUUAAAGAAAAGAAACUCGUUCCUGCCACAACUCAUGCACAGACAUUAUCCUGUGAGGUAGUGGGGAUAUUACGUGAAACUCCUAAAUCCCCUGAGAUCCAAGAGCUGAAACAAAUCCUCCAGGAUCCACACUUUAAGGCCUUGCUCAGUGCCCAUGACACUGUGGCUCGGAAAGAUUUUGAACCCCUUCUCCCCCCAUUGCCAGACAAUAUCCCUGAGAGUGAGGAAGCAAUGAGGAUUGUUUGUUUGGUGAAAAACCAACAGCCCCUG